UGCGCUGCGCUGGUGUUGGUGAAAUCUAGCGACGAAGGCAGCCAUUUAUUUACCUCGUCCGUCGCGAGCGAUAAAUAAAUACGAAAAUUUGUGCGUUAUCGGUGCUUGCGCGUGCAAAAAGUGUGUCCCGCGAGUGGCCCCCGGUGCAGGGCAGCUGGUGGGAGUGCAGUAGCCCGGUUCCGUGCGUGACAAGUGCGAGAAAAGUGGCGUGGAAAUGUGCGGAAAAUGUGUGUGCCCUAGAAGCGCGACGUGCAGCAGCAUCGUGUAGAAGUGUGAGCGUACGGGCGGUGUACGGGGGAAGGUGAAGACGUGCUUUGCUACCUGGCACACAAGGGAGAGGGUCGUUUUUUUUUUGGCCCCAUUAGUCGUCACUGGCAACAACCACCGACGAAUAUUUUUUUUUAAAUUGUGUGCCGUGUUUCGUGUAAAGGAAAAGCUUCGAUACCGGGGUCCGGUAGCAUCGUGCACUGAAAAAGGCGAGUGGUUCCAGCUUUUUUCUCUUCCGAUCGUAGCAAACGGCGGCAAAACAAUUCCUCACCCUGUGUGUUGUCUGCUGCCCAGCACAGUCCCCUUCUGUCUCGCUCACGCUCGCCCAAUUGAGCCUGGAUACAGUGCACUGGCGUAAGCGAGGAAGCGGCCACGGGCAAAAGUGCGGAUCCGCCGUGUACGCGUGAGCGAGUGUGUGUGUGUGUGUCGUACGUGUAAGCCUGUGUUUGUGUGUGUGUGCGUGCGCGCUCGUGCGUCCGUGUGUGUGUGUGUGUGUAAAGUGCGUGUGCCGAAAUGGUUGUGAAUAUUAGUUGUGUACGUGUGCAGUGAUUACGUUCGUGGCCGUGUUUUGUCCCGUGAGUGCAGGGCAGAACCGCGGUCACUGCGCCUUUCGCGUCCACGCGUCGACUUCCGUUUGCCAAUGAAUCGUCGGCAGUCAUUGGACAAGCCAGGUGAGCAGCAAGGUAUUUUGUCUCCUCCGGGUCCAUUUCUGACACCGAGCCCGUCGCCAUCGAUACCAGCGAGCCCUCGGUUACAGCCGUCACCUUCGCAGUCACCGUUUUCCCAGCAGCAGGACAUUUUGCUGGUGACGAACAGCACCAUCGGUAAUGUGACUCAGGAGCAAGAUCGCAAAACCGGUGUUGCAGGACGACGUCAAUCAUUUAGCCAGCAACAAUCCACUAUCGUUCACCAGCAGCAGCAGCAGCAGCAGCAGCAGCAAGUACUGAGCACCAGCCCAAAUGCCGGAACAGUGGUGUACCGUCCUAGCCCUACGCAGUCACCGGCGGGCGCUACGACCUACAGCAUCUCGACCACGCCUGGCAAUGAGUUCAAUACGACUCUAGUCGGCUCCAACAACAUUUCGCUCAACAAGAAGGGUCGGAAGUCGUCCUCUGUUAGUGCUAUACAGCAGCAGCAGCAGCAGCAGCAGCAACAUCACCACCUCCUCCAACAGUCACAUGCAGGCCAUGGACAUGGAACAUUGCCCCCCGCCAGUAGCCCGAAAGCGGCGAAAAAAGCAAUGCAACAGCAGCAGCAGCAGCAGCAGCAGCAACAACAGCAGAAUCCGUACCAACAGCACCACGCGGCGGUAUCAUUCGUCGGAAGCCCGAUUGCCAGUCCCAGUCCGAUCGCAAGUCCGAACGGCAGCUCGAUACUGGUCACUACCGGCAGCGGCACCGGCGUGGCAGGUGGAACGUCCAGCGCGACAAACAUGAGGCCACCGACACCGCAACCUAUCAUUCAGCAGUAUCCUGUUGUGGGCACCGGAAAUCAAAUAGUGCAAAUUUUCCAAGGUUCCCAGUUUGCAAUUACCCAGUCACAGGCGGCACAGCAGCACCAUCAUCAGCUGCAGCAGCAGAGCGGGCGCCACACCACAACAAUCGUAUCCCAGCCAAGCCCUCAGCAACAGCAGCAGCAGCAGCAACAACUAAACCAAACGAGCGUUCAGCAGCAACACAUACCGCUGCAGCAGCUCCACACGAUCCAGCAGUCGCCCUCGCACCAGCAGCAGUUCGUGCAGCAGCAAAUCAUAGCCACUUCCGUUGCGCCGAGCGUGAUACCGUCGUCCGUUGCCACUGCGGGCGUCGCGACCGCCGGCGGGCUAGUGAUAACCGGGGCAGGAUUGCAGACCACCUCCCCAGCACCUGGCGGCAGCGUAUCGAGCGUGAAACAUCACAGCGUGAAGGGACCGCAGCAGAUUCUGCCCAAGCCGGUGGCCACCACGACGCCCCUGGUGUCGCCGACGCUGUCGACCUCGUCCUCCCCGUCGACGGCCACCGUGGUGCACCAUCAGCAGCAAAGCCCCCACCAAGCGACGGCGUACGUGUCCAGCUACGGCACGACACCGGUAGUGCACGGCACGAAGACGAUCGUCACGCAGCCGAAAACGGUCACCUCCGUCUCGCUGCCAACGGUGGUGUCGCAACUGCCGGCGGCCCAGCUUCAGGUUUCGCAGGCGGGCACGGUGGUGAGCGCCGGCGGCACUACCCAAGUGCAUUUCACGACCACUGCCGCACCGCCCCAGCCGCACGGUGCCGCCUCGAACACGGCCCAAGUGCACGGCCAAAUGGUUACCACGGCGGCGCAACCGGCGGGAGCGCAGCAGCAGCCAACGGCACAGACCGCCGGCACGCCCCAGAACGGUUCCAUAAUCCUGCCGGCGGGCAACAUUAACGCGCAGCCGUUGCUGCUCAACCAGAUGCCGGUGCUGGUGCAGCAGAACACGCCGCAGGGGGUGCAGCUGAUACUGCGGCCGCCCACGCCCCAGCUGGCCGCCCCGAGCCUGGUGAUACACAACACGCGGCCCCAGCUGCAGCAGCCGCAGCCCCAGCAGGUGCUGCGGAUACUUAACGCCAACGGGACGAUGCAGCUGGCCACUGCACCCACGUUCAUCGUGUCGUCCCAGGGCAAUCUGGUGCAGCAGAACAUUUCCGGGCUGAAGACGAACCAAGGCGUGCCGCUGACGCAGAUCCAAGGGCUGCAGAGCCAGCGGCAGCCGCAGCAAAUCACGGCCGCCAUCAACCAGCAUCUGCUGAGCCAGGGCGUCGCCCAGCUGCAGAACCUGCAGCUGAACGGCAACCUAGCCCAGAUACAGAUGCCGAACGGGCUGAACGGGCAGCUGCUCACCACGUCACUGCCCGCCCAGUUCCAGCAGGCCAGCUUCGGGCUGCAGAACCAAAACAUCAACCUGAACCAGCUGGGCGGCGUGAAUCUGCAGCUGACGGCGGCACCGGGCGGAGCGACCUUUGUAUCGCCCUCGUCCACCCCUGGAGCAGCACCGGGAUCCACGCCCACCGGGGAAAUCGUGGUGAAUGCUCAAAAUAUUCAAUUCGCUCCGAGUGGAGCGUCGAAUACGAUCACGGUGAACGCUCAGGGCGCUCCACAAACGCAACCCGCCCAAGUUGCCCAGCAACAGCAGCAGCAGCAGCCACAACAACAACAGCAGACAGGCGGUCAACAGAUAUUGACCACCUCAACGAUCGAUGGGCAGAUACAGACGGCUCAAAUUAUUCCCACCGUUACGACGGACACAUUGCGACACCAUCAUCAACAUCCCGGUACGCCCAUUCUAACUACCGCCUCUGGCCAGCAGGUGAUCGUAACCGACGGUGUAAAGGCACAGAUUCAAGCACAAACCAUUGCAGCACAGCAGCAGCAGCAGCAGCAGCAACAGCAACUGUUCAAUCACACAAACGCUACGCUACAGCAGCAAAACGCAACGGCGGUGACUAUACAGCAGCAGUCGAAUCAGCUGCCUCCGCCAGCGGCGGCCCUAUCCCUGCCGGCCGCCCGGAUUGAGGUAGAAAAACCAAAAAAGGAGCGACGAAACAAGAAGAAAGUGAAACCAAUCAUGCAACCGCCGGUGGCAACGGCCGCACCGAUGAUUGUUCAACCGAGUGCGCCAGCCGUCAGCCAUGUGCCAAUGUCUACCGGCGCGAUAGCGUCCACCACGACGGCCUCCGUCGAACGGCUAACGUCGCCCAGCUCACCGUCGUCGUACGGCAGCACGCACACACCAACGGGGAAGCUAGAUUUGGCUAAUCUGAUGAAAAUCUCCGGCAUCGGCAUUGAUGACGACGAUUUGAUGGACACGGAUGAACCACCGCCGCUGCUGACCACCGCUAGCAGCCACCCAUCCGGUGGAGUGGAAUAUCCCGCCAAUAUUGUGAUACAGCACAGUGACGCAAUGAACGCUGCUAAUAACUCUGGCGGGCAGCACCAGCAGCAGCAGCAGCAUCCCGGCAAAGAUAUGAUGUCCGGAGGGCCACCAGCCACAGGACAGAUGCUUGUGCAAGCCCCGCAGCAGCAGCAGCAGCAAGCUGCUCCGGUGACCAAUCAACCAAGUGCUGGAGGAAACGGAAGUGACAUUAUGAUCACGAUACCUUCCACCGGUGGAUCGGAAAAUGUGGAAUUUCCCUACACUAUCUCGAUACCGACAACAACACCGGGUAUGGAGCGGCAGCAGGAGUCGAAAGGGGCCGGCGAAGCUCCGGGCUCCAGUACGCCAGCGUCCACUGGGACGGCGGUGCAGCAACAGGAUGCACCGUCGUUCAUGAUCACGAUCGAUCCCACGAACGAUUCUAGUUCCGGACAGGCAUCGUACACCGUGUCGCUGCCACGAUUCGGCAGCGCAGCGAACGAUGAGUCGAAGAUCGUCAAUAUUGCGACCGUGGCACCGACCGCGAGCGUGCAGGCCAUCAACACUACCACCACCUCGUCAAUGGCCACCUCGAACGCGGGGACCAUGCAGCAGAGCAGCAACACGAUCUGCGUAAACAGCCUGAUGAAUAAUGUGCUGAACAACACGCAGGUGACGCCAACGCUGCAAAGCCAAAUCAACGAAAUACAAAACCAGCUGAUGGCCGAAGCGCAGCCCCAUCUGGCGGCGCCUUCGUCGAAACCCGUCAGCAGCGCUGCGUCCUCUGCGUCGACGCCACUGCAGCAGCCGAUGGUAACCACCACCAUGGCACCGAUCAGCGGAACGAUGGCUUCUGCCGCCGCCUCCUCCUCCGGUACAGCAACGACCACGUCGAUUGUGAUAUCUACGAGCGGUGGUAAAAUUUCGUCCGUUCCCUCGCCUGCCUCGAAGAAGAAGACGGUCACGAUGGGCGGCGGCAACUCGGGCAGCGCCGCACUCAGCAAGAAGAAUGGGAAAAAGCUAGAAAAAUCGUUCGACACAAUCGGUACGACCAGCGCGGUACCGACGCAGAUAGGCAAUAUUCAAAUUUCACAAGUCGACGGUACGACGGCGAACCAGAGCAAGGCGGUGAAAGGUGGCACCAUUAACAAUCAGAUACAAAUCACUCCAAUCAUCGACAAUAAGGUGGUGAAUACCGUCGGUGCCCAAUACCAGAGCCUGGCCCAGCUGCAGUCUUCGGUUAGUCAGCCGCAGUCGACCAUCACCAUCCAGAGUCAGAUGCAACCGCCACAGCAGCAGCAGCAGCAGCAGCAGCAAAACCACACCGUGCUGACGACGUUAGGAGGGGUUACCGUUUCGCAGCAUCAGCAACAGCAGCCAUCGCAUAUGCAAACUGUGCAAACUGUGCCAAGCACGCUCCAAUCGAACGUCAUCGGAGGAGGUGGAAGCGGUGGAGUAGUGUUCACCACGCAACAGCAGCAGCCCUCGGUCGUGGUCACACCCACAGUGCAACUGAACCAAACGUCCAUCACGCCGACGACGACCGUAAUACAGCAACCAGCCGCAGCACCAGCACCAGCAGCAGCUCCUCCUCCACCGCCACCGCCGGUGACAACAGCACAGGGCAUACUUGCCCAACUGACGGGCAGCUUAAGCUUAUCGAUCGCGGCCGAAACGGGCCAGCUUAUUCUAAAGCACGACAUUAACCAGCCGCAAACUCCCGAAUCGCAAACCAUCCUGCAGGCGAUCCUGUCCGGCGCGCUGGGCAAUAUAACGCUGGUAAACGAACCCUCGAAAGCACCGCAGGCAACGCUAGCCAACAGCAACAGUACCAUAUCGGCCACCAUUGCUCCCGUACAGCAGCAGCAACAGCCAGCCCCUGUACCCAUCACGCAGCAGCAGGCCCACCAGAUUGUGGUGUCAUCGCACCCACAGCAACAGCAGAACAAAAAUGUGGCCACAGUCAGUGCACAGGUGCAGCAAAAAGCGCCCGGAACUACGACCACCGUCACUAUCCAAUCUGGACAGCCGCAGCUGCAACUUCAGCAGCAGCAACAGCUGCAACAACAGCAACAGCAGCAACAAUUGCAACACCAGUUGCAGCAACAGCAACAGAUGCAACAAAUGCAACAGCAGCAGCAGCAGCAGCAGCAACUUUUGCAGCAACAGCAGACGAUCACAACCGUCUAUACCUCCCAGCCAUCGGGCACAGCAACGGCAAUAGCGCAGCAGCACAUGCAAACAGCUGCCGGCAAUAGUCAGCCCCACUUGGUGCAGGCACAGCAGCAGCCCCAGCCACAAAGCAUGAAGCAUAUUCGCAAGCCGGAAACGAGCAUUGAACCAAUCUUGAACCAUCAGCCACAGCAACAGCCACAGCAGCAGCAACAACAACAAACGGUGUUGGUAAAUCCAAACGCACCCAAGCUGGUGGAGCUGCCGAAGGUUGGACCGAACCAGCAGCUGUUCUCACUGAACACACUGACCAACCAGAUAACGCAGCUGAGCCCCGGACAAACGACCGCCUCCCUUGGGCCGAUGGAGCGUGUGCUGAUCGUACCGACGGGAAUCAAUGCGCAGCAGCUGGCGCAAUGCUUGAUGCAGGGACAGAUACACUUCAACAACGUUGGCCAAGUGACACAGUCCAGCGAAACGAGACCAACGCAGACGCUUACACAGUCACAGCAGCAGCAGCAGCAGCAGCAGCAGCAGCAGCUGUCUUCUACACCGUCAACGGUGCAGAAGGUUGGGGCGAAUACGCAAAUCCUUGCCAACAACAAUCCAGCGGGUGCCGCGAAAGUAGUAAAUAACAAUAGCAAUGGGGCAAACUCUAACCACGUUGUAAAGGAAAAACCGAAACGCAAUCGAUCAAAGAAGCAACAGGAUAAAACGCAAGCAGUAGCAGCAGCCGCCGCCGCCAGUCCUUCGAAACCGACGGUUGUGAAAGUCAAUGCCAUGCCGAGUGGGUUUCCUCCAAGCGUUGUUCUGCAGCCUGGUCAGCAUGCACAGCCUAUACUGGCUGAGGAUGGGACCAAGAUUGGCACCAAAAUAGUGGGAACCGUGAAUCCGAACAACUUUGUUACAAACAGUCUCCAACAGCAGCAGCAGCAGCAGCAGCAACAGCAAAUACAACAGCAGCAACAGCAAUUACAGCAGCAACAGCAAACUAUACAACCAUUAGUUGCUCAAGUGCAUCCUCAGCAACAUCAGUCUGCGAAAUUGGCUGGAUCUACGACCAUGGUCGUAAAAGGUACUAUCGGUUCCACCACCGUUACGGCCACAGCACCAGCAGCCCCAGCCAAUAACAACAUUACCGUCACGGCAACACCCAUCAAGAAGGCCAGAGCCAACAUCGUUACACAGCAGCAACAACAGCUUCAAAAUCAACCUCAACAGCAGCAGCAGCAGCAGCAGAUGCCUCCAUUAGUCAGUGUGAAUUCAGCAGUCCCUGCCCCGGCAUCCCUGAGCAGCAGUACGCCAUUAGCGGUCGGAACGCCUGCCGUGGUGCAGCGGGUGCAAACGAUUCAGUUGACCCCGCAAAAGCAGCAACAUCUGAAGAGCGUCCAACAGCAGAUACAGCAGCUGUCGACAAAGCUGCAGAACAAAAACCUGCUCGCCUCGCUGAUGAUACCGGCCGAGUUCGAUCCGGCCAAUCCGAUGUACAGCAAACCGCUGCCCACUAUCAAGAACCUGCAGACAAUGUCGGACAAGGAGAUCUGCACCGUGCUGCAGCGUUUGUUUAUGGAGCAGCAGAAGAUCCUGUCCAGUGGGAAGAUUAUUCCCACCAUACCGGCCGGGCACACGUUUGCCAGCACGGCCCAGCAGCAGAGUCACCCGCCACCGCCAGCACCGAUCAGCAGUAGCAGUCAGGGCCCGAACGAAGCGACAGCAAAUGCAGCUGCGGUCGACCAGAAACCGCAGCAGGCAAUCAUAACGCCGAUCACGGUUACGCCCAGCGGUGGUACGACCCUCUUUCAAGCUGGCAGUGGGUCCACUGCCGGCCCUACGCCCAUGCAAAUCAUGUCCUCGACAGCCGGGCCGAACAUGAGCGUGAUAGCUUCCGGAGCGAUUGCUAGUACCGCGUCUUCCGUCGCACACUCGUCCAUGUCCAUCACGAUAACGAGCAGCACCGUGCCGAUGCAAAGUGGCGGCGGCGGCCAGAAGUUCGGUGCCGGUGCGAAUGUAGCGAUGAACAAGCAGACGACUACGAUCAUUCCAAUCACCUCGACACUGCAGCCUGCCGGUCAACCGAUGCUGAAACCCGUCGGCUCAACCACGACGACGGUCGGUAACAAUGUGAGCGUUACCAAAAACAACAUCACGGUCCCGGCGGGAACGAUCCUUCCCAAGCAUAUUAUGCUUGCUACCGGCGGACAGUCCCUGGGCAACCCGUCCGUGAUGCCUCCGUUGCACACGCUUGUGCCGACGCAGCAGCAGCAGCAGCAACAGAUGACGCUGGUCAGCAAACUGGACACUGUGGGCAAUCAGCAGCAACAGCAAACGCUCGUAACGAACCACCAGGUGCCGCCGGCGAGUGCGUUAACCGGUGCGAAUCGUUCCAACACUCCCGUGCCACCGCCACUUGUCGCCACCAGUCUGCCCGGCGGUGGUCAUCUGAAAGCACUUACCGGCGCAGGUCCUGGCAAUUCUUCGAUCGUGAUCGUCGGCGGAUCGCAUGCAAUAUUGAGCGGUACGUCGCAGAUGAUUGCACAGACAGCGGCCCGGAUUCAGCAACAGCAGCAGCAGCAGCAGCAACAGUUACAGACACAAGCCGGUAGCAUUCUCAUUACCAGUGGUGGAACGACCCCUUCAUCGGGCGCUGUGACCUCCACGGCAACGCCCGCUCUAGCUGCAAUUACUCCUCUGCGGACGGGCACACCAUCGGCCGGUUCUGCGGUAUCGUCUGCGAUACCACUACCUCCGUUGGUUCCGUCCAACGUCAGCAGCAAUAGCAACAGCAGCAGCAACGUCGUUCCGUUUAGCUCAACCAGUACUAACAGCACCGUACACCCGGCUGAGACCAGCACAGCCGUGGCGACGGCGAGCAACUCCACUACGAUGACGACAACGACGACAACAAUGGCGACGGUGGCCUCCUUCCCGACCACCACGACGACGGCCAGCGCUCUCUCGUCAGCCGUAGUGGCCGCCUCGGCCAUGAACAACAACUCCAGCACGCCGGCCGUCAUCAUCGCCGCGCCUGCGGGUACUUCACCGUCCACCCCGAUGACGUACAUUACGACGAACGUGCCGAACAGUCCCGCCGUAAAAGUACCCCGUGCAAGUUUGUUUGAAAUUCAGAUACAGAAGGAUCAAGAUGCGUGUACGAAACCGGACACCAACACACCGUUCGGUAGUAAGCAGGAUGCAAUCAAGCGGCUAAUACGCUACCACUGCAUGUACGAGGAAAAGUGCGAGGAAAAUGAGGAGGAAGAGCUGCAGUUUGAGACGACCGCCGAAUGGUUCCCGGACGCGUUCCGGACGAUGCUCAGCCGCUAUCAGCGGUUAAUGAUCAACGAGUCGAUGCGGGAAGUGCGCACCUCGGAAUUGAUGCUGGUGAACAAGCUGUUCAAGGCGGACAUCACGCAGGAGAUUGAAGAGAUGCAAGAACAUCUCCGCGAGGUGGAGGGCGACGCGACGCCUUCAGCAGACGGCGGCGAGGACGUAAUAUGCGUCUCCUCUGACGAGGACAAACCCAAACUGAAGGAGCUAGCCGCACCACCACCAGCGCAAAGCCAAUCUCCGCUACUGCCGUUAACGCUGCCAGAGGGUCCUAAGAAAACCGAACCAUCGUAUGGCACCGGAACCACCGGAAGCUGUGUUGCAGAGCUGUCUUCGACUACGAACACCAUGCUGACGGAAACAAUACGCUCCAGUAGUACUACCACCACAGUGUGCAAAACUGCGUUGGGCAGUGAAACGUCCUUCCAAAGCACAUUCCAAAAGUCCAACAUGACUGCGUCGGUCGUGCAUUCGGUGGUGCAGGUGCAGUCGGCAACGGUGAAGCACGAACAAGCGACCGCCAACCGCAGUAUGGCUAGCAUUGGUAGCGGUGGUGGUGGCACCCCUUGGAGUGAUGCGUUGAAGAAGAACGCACGAGUAACAGUGACGAACAGUUACGAUGAUAUCGAAAGCGAAAUCACGCCCAGCUUCAUAAUGAAGAAAACAGACAGCGCCUGCAUGAUGGACGAGAAAAAGGGUGACAUUUUGAACCCAUCGCUUCACGGUUCAUCCGUCGCCGCUACAAUGGUCACAUCGACGGCCCCUCCGACGUUGCGUUAUUUCAACCAGGUACACUUACCUUCGGCACAGAAGCAUUGUGCUGCGGAGAGUUCGAAGGUGGAUAGCAAUCACCUUCCGUCCGGUUCGUCCGUAGCGGCAUCGCAGCUCGCGUCCUCAAAGCAGUCGACGGACCAGCAGCAGCAGCAGCAGCAGCACGACUCACCGUAUGACGAGUGGAUGUGCUUCCAGAAAGAUCUCAGCUACUUCACAGGCCCCGGCAGCGAUGGCAACGUCACGAGCGAAGCCACCAAUCUCGGCAUCGAUCCGUCGGGCAGAAGGAAAACGACGGAAGAAGAGAUGCACGAAAUGUUCAACUCGAAUGAUUCGAAAAGUGUCGAUAAGCAGCUGGAGCAGCUGUUUAACGCCACGGCGGACGAUAAGCAACCACCUCCGGUGUCGCGCAUUGACUCCCCGCUGACCGAAUUCUUCAACAACCAUCAGCGCACGGGUGUAACCGGCGGUGGGGAGGGUGUUUGUGGCGGCGCAUCCGCGAAGAGUGUUGAAACGCGCCUGGACGCAUUGUUUGGAGGUUGCGAAAGCAGCUCAUCCGCGGUGGAAAGGAGUGGCGCUGGCGGGAUCAACGAAAAGUCGAACGAUAUAAUGACGUCCCGCCACUGGUCCGCUUCGGUGUUCCAGUCAUCGCACGACGAGGAGGAAUCUACGUCCGAUUCCUUCCUGCACAAAGCAACGGGCAACAGCUUUGAGCUUCUUCAGCAGCAGCAGCAGCAGCACUCUUCCAGCGGUGGAACACAGAAGCGCCAUUGGACGGGUGCGGUUUCGGGUGGUGGUGGUGUAGUUGCCGGAGGCAAUGGACCAUCCUCGGCUGGGCUGUUGUACGCGAGCGAACCGUCGGAAGCGGAUACAAUCAAUCCCAACAAGCGGCAGUGUAUGUCGCUCGAUCGUAACGAUUCGAAACCGCUCGACGAUGGCAGUGCCAACGUCGUGAAGGGCGACGAUGAUCACCGUUGGCUGAUGGAUUGUGCCGGCAACGAUGAGCCUGCCGGGGCCGCCAACAACAACUCCCAAGUGCAACCGUUGGGCACGGUCAGCUCGAACGGUUCUGUUGCGAAACCCGCUCCAGGUAACGAACACAUUCUUGUAAGCAAUGGUAGUAACAGCGGCAUUGGUAGCACCGACAUCAGUAUUGGCUGUGGCACGAUAGUAAAUAAUGGUGGUGGUGGUGGGCUUGGUGGUGAUAGUAGAGCUAUUAGUACUGGCGGGGUAAUCAUUGGUAACUGUAGAACGGCUUCCAACGGUAAUCCGCUGGUCGGCCAGGUUGACGGUGAAGACGAUGGGCUGUCCACUAACAUUAUUAUGCUGGGUAGAGCGACCAACAAUAACAACCACAGUAAUAAUAACAAUAACAACAAUAACAUAAAUCAUGAGCAUCAUCAACAACAUCAUUAUCACCACCACCAUCACGGUGUAUCGAAGCGCACCUCGUGGAACGGGGACAUCCUGCUAGCAUCAGCGACGGCGGAGGACGUCGAUCAUCACCAUGGGAAUAUGCUCGACAUGCUCGAAACUAAUCUAAGCUUAAGCCUAAACAAUCUUAACAGCAUCUGUGGCGCGGGCAUACUGGACAACGGCGAUCCCGGCGAGGCGGACGCGCUGCCCCAUCAUCACCAUGCGCCGCAGGCGGCCGACGAGCAGCAGCUCCACCAUCAUGCGCAGCAGCAGUCGCACCUUCUGCAUCACAGCAACCACAUAUCGCACAAUCGCAUUCCCUCCCAUCAUUUGCAUCACCAAAACCCUCACACUCACCAUCAUAUGCACCCGGCCAUCGACGGGACGACCGGGGCAGACAUGGUCGAUGACGGUGGACGAAAGCAAGGCAGCAAGCAAGGUUGCUUCGACGAUUCGACCGAUUUGGUGGUGCAUGGUGGCAGUGGCUCAAACGCUUUGCCGUUACCAGGCGAUGAUGCAUCUAGUCUAAUCCUAUGUGGUGGUGGUGGUAGUAGUAGUGGUGGUGACGUUGGUGGUGGUGUUGUUGGUAGUAGUAGCACUCAUCAUGACGAUAGCAGUGAGCACAAUAAAAUCAACUAUCUCGAUCGUGAACUUCUAGGCUUGGACACCUCGGUGCAUCAUCAUCAUCCCCAUCAGCAUCAGCACGGUGUCGAUGAAAGCGGUCGAGCACCGGUGAUCAAUUCUGUCCAUUCUCACCACCAGCACAAUCCUGGCUCGGUUAUGAACGGUCCAGGGACGAUGGUUGGUAAAGAAGAGGCUGCACUGCACCUGCCGACCGGUAUGAUAGGUGGAGGAGGAGGAGGAGGAGGAGAUGGAGAGCCUUCCUUCCAUGACCAGCAGCAGCAACAACAGCAGCAGCAGCUUAACCACCACCAUCAUCAUCAACAUCAUCAUCAUCAUCACCAUCAGCAAACAAUCCACGAUCUGCAUCAGUUCAAUCACAUCUCGUUCGAUACGAUGGGGGUGCCCAACUUUGAGGAGGACAUCAGCCGGCAGGUGCAGAAUGCGAUCGACAGUAUCUUGAACCUGCAGAGCAACGAAACGGACGGUUCGCUACACUACUCGCUCGAUCAUUCCUUCCUGCCCGACAGUCCGCUCUCGAGCGGGCUGGUAAACUCCGUCACUCCGUCACCGCUCGGUGGGGGUGGUGCGGUUCACCAUCCUGAAGCGCCAAUAUCGAACCAUCAGCAUCAUCAGCAUCAUCAUCCGGCCCCACACUUGCAACAGUCCGCACACGCUGCCCCGCAGCACCAGCAGCAGCAACAGUCAAUCCGUCAACCGCACGUGGGCAUGAAGCGCAAGUAUCCCACGGAUUGUCCAUCGCCGAUGGUCGGCGUAUCGCCGGACGAUGGCAGCCCGAUGGGACCGGGCAGCAGUGGUAGCAGCAACAGCAACAACAGUACCAUCAGUAACCUCAGCAGCAACACCGCCGGAAGCGGCACCUUAAGCAGUACGGUGAGCUCCGCAAGCGGUAAUAGCAGCAGCAGCAGCAGCAGCAGUAUGCUUGGUGUAACGAAUCAUCACUUCGGUGUGAACGCUUCGGAUGGAGAUCCGCUGAAGACGAUUAUAAAAUCUUGACAACUUUCGAUCGUCGGCUAAGUGAUUGUACUUGACAAAGCCCAGUCGUUAGUGGUGUAGUGUACGGGGCCUGGUCCUUAAUUGUGGAUAUACUUUUUAAUCGUGUGUAUGUAUGUGUGUGUGUGUACAGGUUGGAUACAGUCAGUCAGUCGGAACCAGUGGAAUCAGUUUGAGGGGUUUGAAUUUGAUUUUAGUUUUAGCUUACCAAGGAGAGGUUGUGUUCAAAGAAACCCGUUUUUAAUCCCCAUUUCCAAUACGCUUUGCUCCAUAUUUAAAAAAAAAACUAAACGUCUUCAUUUAUAACAGCACGCGACACGCGACGGCUAAACGCUACAAAAAUCGAUAUACAGCACGGGUUGAAUGGACAAAUUGUAGAUUAUAUUAGCUCAAUUAUUAUAAAUAGUUUCUUUUUCUAGUUUUUUUUAAUAUCCUGAAUGGUCGCUGAGUAUAGAUUAUGUUCUAAGUACCUUUACAUAUUGUUUUAGAGAAUAUCACAUACACACCCACAUAAUAUAUAUACCGAUUAGUAGAUCUCAUAUACAAACAAGCUGGAUAACAACUGCCAAUGGAAUACCAAAAUGGUAAUACAAAACGAUCACAUUGCUGGCACAAUUGCAACCUUGCAACAUGUCCUUAGAAGAAGCAAGAAUAAAAUCAUCAAACAAACCCCGACUUGGAUGGUGCGAUUGUAUGAGGUUGGUGAAAACGAUACACACACACACACGUGUAAGAAGAAAGAAGGAUUUAACCUUUUGCACAUUGCGUUGCAACGAGAAACAGUGCCGACUGAAGGCACACUCGGCAAGACAAAUACUUGACGUAACGUUAACGAUAAUAUAUUGACUUAAGGUGUAAUUUAGCUAAGGGGAAAUGAUUGAUCAUAAUGAAUUAGUACUUCGUAGAAAUGUAGCGUUAAAGCAGCGUGUAAAUAUGCUCCCGGCCACUAGCGAGUCGGUAGCAGCCGAAGACGAAGCAGAUGGAUGAAGAACACAUACACACACACAAACCCUAUUCUUGUAGCGUAAUGUUUAAAUAGCUUGAACAUUAAUGGAUAUGAUUGAUAAUGUGUAUGACAGGGAGUGGGAGAGAGUUUUGGCAAAAAGGAAGUGUGGUGGUGACGUUUCGUGAGUGAGACUCAACUUUUCGAACAGCAAACGUUGUUUAUUUCCGUUUUUAAUGCCUAAAAAGGCACAUAAAAACAGGUUUCUGUUUUUAAGCUGUCCGCCAAACGCGUAGUGCAUAGUAACUAUAAACUCACACCCGAACGAAAGCAAAGACGUUAACGGGGCGUACAUUUUCAACAGGCCUGAACCUCUGGCAUGGUUUUAGCUAUCAGCGGCAACAUCAAUGGGAUCUCUUUUUUAACAGCAAGAUGUUAGAUCUUGCAUUUUUAACAAGCAAACUUUAAAGUAAAACCGCCGUUAGUUUCAUUUUUAAAAUGUCUAAGAGCGCAUGGGGGGGAGUAUAGUGGCAGCAUUCAGGCACAAUAAUCAAAAACUCAAUAAUAAUACGGACCACAAUACCACCACCACCACCACCAUCAACUACAACUUGCAUUCGAGGCGGAGGUUCCGAAACGGUGAAGAAUUUACACAGACCACAAACAAAUGAUAUAAACUGAAAGUACCCCGACAGUGACACAAUUGUGAAGGAAGGUUAAGGAGUGAAUGCGGAAAGAGAGAGAGAGAGAGUCGUACAACUAUCUAUACCUAUAUACUUAUAUAUCUAUAUACUGGAAAAGGAUAUCCUUUCAAGGGUGCUUUUCAUUGUCGAAAAGUCUUGAUACUAUACGAGAGGUGCUUACAGUACGUGACAGGUUACCGGACGGAUAGAAGAGGUAGGGAGAUCUAUCGGAAAUACAAUAAGAACACAAUCUUUUUAAAAAACGCAGUCGUUGCAAGAUGGAAGCACUUGGCCUGCCUACACUCGGGCGCAACACCGAUCGAUAAAACAUCACUGCAAUAUUCUAAAAAAACGGAGACGAUCAUUAUGAAAAAAGCAUAGUUGUGAUUCGUGCCGCAAUAACCGGAGUGUGUUUUUUGUUCUUCCGUUUUUUUUAAGUUUGGCUUUGCUUCGGUUGCGCAACCCCAAACAGGAUCCCCCCCUGCGAGGAUCGUUUUGGUGUUGUAGUUUUGUACGGUUUUUGGAAGGCGGCAAACAAGAGCGAUUGAGCGAUUUAGCUUUGGAGAGGGAUUUUUAGCUCUGCCCUGCCUCCUGGUAAACCAGCAAAGGAAAGGGACGGGCGGACCAUUUGUGAGCCCGCGAGCCUAUACAUAACAGAAAUAACUGAAAACCCGUUUCAAAGAGCGAGAUUGUAUUUAAUAGAAAGGGCGCCCACGGCAGGGAGGAUGCUGCUGUUUGUCGCUGUGUAUUUGUUUGGAAAAUAAGGCAAGUUAGUUGUAAAAGGAAAAGACAACGCAAACACAAACGAACGAAUAGUAGCGCUAGUUUAAAAAAAAAAAGAACGUGCGUGUAGCAAUGUAAAUGUUACGUUGAAUGAUGUCGUGCCGAGCGCCGAUUCAACGAACAUGGGAAGCAUUAAUUUGUAAGUAGGUAAUUGGUUUUUCGUCCUCGGUUUAAUGUAUGUUCUGCUUUUAUUUUAAUUUCAAACGUAACUUAAAUUAAUAUUUAUAUAAACACCUGUGUACACGAACCCUGUGUGACGAAAACGUAACGGUAACGAAAGACAAGACAUAAAUCCAAGUAAAACAAUGCUCAGAUAUGAAACACAAGAAAACAAACUUAGUAUCAAGAGAGAGAGAGAAAGAGAAAGCGUAUGUGUGUGCGCGUGUGUGUGCGAGAAAAGGGACGGGUUAAUAUCAAUAAUAACGCAACGAGGAUCAAUUUCGAACACAACAGUAGUAACAGUGGGGAAAGUAAGCAAAAAUGCCAAGUUGUCGAGCUAAGGAGGAGAGCUAAGGGCGAUAAGGGUGUGAGGCUCUCCUCACACUCCUCCACUCCGCGAUUGGCGUCCAGUGAUUUUGAUCGCGAAGUUUGUUCUGUGUCCAAAUAAUACGUACAGUGGCGAUGGGGGGGUAGAAUGAUGAUCAGUCAUUAGUAACAUUCAUCAAGCGCGAAACAUUUGCAGGAAAACAAAGACAAACGCAAACCACUCCUAUUGUAAGGGUGGUUUCUUGCUUUACUUCCCAGGGAUGUGCUAUCAAUGUGAAAAACUAAUAGAGAAAUAGUGGGACAUUCACUACUAGCACAAUAGACAAUGCUUUUGUUUUGAUUUACUCAUACAAGAUGGAUGAUUUGUAUAAAGAGAACAAUGAAACUACGCAAAGCAGCAACUUUAGACACAGUUUUGUUAAUCUGGUCCCAACAUUGGACUUCAUAAUUGCCUCAAAAAAUGACGGUAUCUUCUUCCCCUUUGGUUGGGAAAGAAUUUUGACAACUUCAUGGUAAUAUCCCUUUUGCUCAUAGUUUGAUUACGGUUAUGAUGGAUAAGAUCAAUCAAAACUCGGAUUAAUGCAAGGAGAUGGGGGAAGGGGGGCUUGGAAACUUUAUCAAAGUCUCUCCCACCGAGCCGGCUAUGGAAAGGGAAGAUGGCCAUGUCUCUCGAGGAAGAAAAGAAAAAUACGUUCAGCGAAUUAAUAAAUUAGUUAAACACAGACACACACACUCACACAUGUAAUAUCAGUAUGAGCGGGCAAACGCAUUGUACAGAAAAAAAGCACUAGGCGUAUUAGUGAGGUAAAAGCGAAAAAGGGGAAUAAAAAUAACGAACCGCAAGGACAUGUUUAAAAGAGAAAUUGAUUAAAAAAGUAAUCUAUCAAAAUACAAUAAAAAGCAGAUGAUUUUUAUUGAAUACCAGUAGUUGAGGAGGCGUUUAUUGUA